GCCCCGUGCGCACUGCGCGUCCUGGCCUGUCAGUAGCUCCCAGAUUGAAACGUAGGCGAUUGAAUUUGGUGAGGUCAUGUAUUUUAAGCCGCAAAACGGAAUAAACCAGCGUUCACCGGCGGCAUAAACAAACAGUCCGCUGCACCGGAGCCUCUCGCCGCUGAUCGGAGCUCGGGUCGAUCGCUUGUUUUGGAUUUGAUGACAGAGAGGACAUUUUUGGAUGCACAGAGAGCAGUAAUUGAAGAAAUCACCAUGAACAAAAACAAGCGAGAGAGGGAAUUCUACAGCCUUGAUGUUGGAGAUUCAACAUUCACAGUACUGAAGCGAUACCAGAACCUAAGACCCAUCGGCUCAGGAGCACAGGGAAUCGUCUGCUCUGCUUAUGACCAGGUCCUUGAACGAAAUGUCGCCAUCAAGAAGCUGAGUCGGCCCUUUCAAAAUCAAACCCAUGCCAAGAGGGCGUACAGAGAGCUUGUCCUCAUGAAAUAUGUCAAUCACAAAAAUAUCAUUGGCCUAUUAAAUGUAUUUACACCACAAAAAUCAUUAGAGGAAUUUCAAGAUGUAUACUUGGUGAUGGAGCUGAUGGAUGCCAACCUGUGCCAGGUCAUUCAGAUGGAGCUGGACCACGAGAGGCUGUCUUAUCUACUCUAUCAGAUGCUGUGUGGUAUCAAACACCUCCACGCUGCCGGUAUCAUUCACAGGGAUCUUAAACCCAGUAACAUAGUUGUCAAGUCGGAUUGCACUCUGAAGAUUUUGGACUUUGGCUUGGCUCGGACGGCUGCCACCGGCCUUCUGAUGACACCGUAUGUGGUUACACGCUACUACAGAGCACCCGAGGUUAUCCUGGGCAUGGGCUAUCAAGCCAACGUGGACAUAUGGUCUGUGGGCUGCAUACUGGCAGAAAUGGUUCGUCAUAAAAUCCUCUUCCCAGGCAGGGACUACAUUGACCAGUGGAACAAGGUAAUUGAGCAGCUCGGCACUCCAUCCCAGGAUUUCCUAAUGAAGCUGAAUCAAUCCGUAAGAACUUAUGUAGAAAACCGACCACGCUAUGCUGGAUACAGUUUUGAGAAACUCUUCCCGGACGUGCUGUUCCCUGCCGACUCUGACCACAACAAACUGAAAGCGAGCCAAGCGAGAGAUCUCUUAUCUAAGAUGUUAGUGAUUGAUGCCUCCAAACGGAUCUCUGUAGACGAGGCACUGCAGCACCCCUACAUCAAUGUUUGGUAUGACCCAGCAGAAGUAGAAGCGCCCCCGCCGAAGAUCCCAGACAGACAGUUGGAAGAGAGAGAACACACUGUGGAAGAGUGGAAAGAGCUAAUUUAUAAGGAAGUGAGUGAAUUGGAGUGGACAAAAAAUGGAGUGAUAAGAGGCCAGCCACCUCCUUUAGGUGCAGCAGUGAUCGAUAGCCCCCCUCAGCCCACGUCCUCCUCCUCCUCUUCGGCCAACGAUGUCUCGUCCAUGUCUACGGAGCCCACGGACCCCUGCAGUGACCCCACCAUGACCUCUGAAACAGACAGCAGUUUGGACGGCCAUACUUCUCUGGGUGCUCUGGCCUGUUGUAGAUAACAAACACAUACCACACACACACACACACACAAACACAAACACACAUACACAAACACAAACAAACCUUUCUUCAUCAGAGCAUAUGAUGAGACAGGGUUCUGGCCAAUGGAACAUUUUUAAUGUUAGUUUGUAGAGCAUCGCUUUUAAUGUACAGUUUGUUUUUAUUUCUCCUCCCUCUUUACGGCUGUAAAUGACUGUGGUUUGAAAUUGUAUUAUUAUUAUUACUGUAUUUUUGCUGCAAAGAUCUGUGAUGUAUGUUAUGAAAGAGAGGGCUUUGAGUGUACUUUACAUUUGCUGUUUUUAGCUACUGCUGUUAGCGCUGCAAUAUUACGUUGAGUAUAUUUUUUGGAAUUGUUCAUUUGGCAUUUUUUUUGUAUGAUUUUUGGGACAUUUGAAUGAAUCUACACCAGUUUUUCAAAAGUAGACUAUAGCACAUUUUUAUCUUUGGUCCUAAUGCAAAUAGAUGGUUUUAUUUUGACAUCAGUUCUCAUCUUUCUUGUAGAAAGCAUCCAAAAUUAACUUAUUUCUUAGUAUUAUGUCAUAACUGAUUGUGUGUAUCUUGACAAGCAGACAAAUGGCCUGUUGCCCUGAUACAUUAUUUCUUUCUUUUUUUUAUGAUAACGUACUGUAUUUCAAAUUAUUUAUUUACUUCAGUUGGAAUUAUAGGUGAUGGUGAUGGCAGAAUGGGGUGAAUGUACGUCAACAGAAAUGUGGUAUUGUAAAGGAGCCAGUGAUUACCGUUAGCGCUGUAACAACUUAAUAUUUUUAACAACCACGCUAACAUAAGAGAACUUUAUUUGGGGUCUAAAUGAAUCACUUUGACCUUUUGGCAGGUUCUCUCAGAUAUUAUUGUUAGCUGUCGGAUAUUCAAGAUAUUUCAUUUAAGUGCUCUUACUCAGUUCAGUGAUUUUCAGCCCUCCCUCCGUGGCAGAUGCAACUCGCGUCUGUGGUGCGUCUUUGAGUUCUACCUCACAUGUUACACACACAUACACACAUGGAACACAUCAUUUGAAAGAAAUGUGAAAAAAAAAAUCCCUGUAUUUUGUGUUAUUUAUGUAUUUAUUUCAAGCUAGGAGGCAUCUAUUGUUUGUAAUGUACAUUUCAUUCAGAAGUACUAUUUAUAUGCAUCUUGUUCUAUUUUUUUUCUCGUUUUCUGUGCAAUAUAAUUCAUAGAUUAGUAUACUUGGUAAUCGAUCUGUACACUUUAAUGUAGAUGUAUGCAUUUUUCUGAGAAUCAGGAAACAGGCAUUUGCUACCUGCCAUGAUAACCUUUGGAUGUAACUGAUGGCUCAAAUUUGCCCUGUUCAAGGUUGGGCAGUCCAGGCAGUAACCCCGAGCAUCAUCUCCCAGAAUGCUCUUUGGGGAAUGUGACGCAUGUCCUGACCCUUUCUGUAUCACAUUUCUGAAAAAAAAAAAGAAAAAAAAAAAGUGGCUUCCUGUCGUUGAGGUUGUUCUCUCCCCUCCAUCUUCUCAAAACUAGAAAAGUUAGAAUAGACUACGCAUGAGUUUUCUCAGCGCAAAUCUGGGUUUUAGUGCAUGUACAUUAAGAAGGAAAGAAAGAAAAGCCAUUCAGCACUAUGGGGAUGAUGUUGCAGUCUUCUGAUGAGUUAGCCAAAUACUGAGCGCAAAGAAUAAAUCUGUUGUUGUGUCUAUAGUAAGGCCCAAUGUCUGUAUGUUAGCCUUUGGAUUUGAAACUGCCUCACUGACGGAUCAGUUAUCUACAUCCGAAAUGGAAACUGUCUCCGAUACGUACAACUCAAGCAAAUAAAAGAGUUGAAUUUUAAA